AUAUGGUGCAGGAAAAUGGCGGGAAAAUUUGGCGCCAUUAUCGACAGUGGAACAUUUCUCUCCAGUCUUCCUCUAUAUAAACUCGAUUCAUCUACCUCUAUCCUUACACCGAACUACAUCUAUUUCAGGGUUAAUAAUUCCAAUUUAUCUCAAACCCUAAAAAUGGCGCAGAACGGCACCUCAGAAGUUAAUGAAUCACUGCGGUCGCCCAAGGUACAAAAGCUUACUCACGAGAACGGUGAAUCUGAAAAUGUUAGCCAUUCAUCGACGCUUCUCAGAGUCAAGAAGUUGUCCGAGAAAGCCAUUUUGCCAUUGCGAGCCUCCGCUCUCUCUGCUGGUUACGAUCUUUCCAGUGCAAUAGAGAUGAAGGUCCCUGCUCGAGGAAGAGUUUUGGUGCCGACUGAUUUGAGCAUCGCGAUUCCGGAAGGAACCUACGCUCGGAUUGCACCACGAUCGGGCCUGGCUUUGAAGCAUGCGAUCGACGUUGGUGCGGGUGUGAUAGAUGCUGAUUAUAGAGGCCCCGUGGGAGUGAUAUUGUUCAAUCACUCCGAUGUGGAUUUUGAGGUGAAAGCGGGCGACAGGAUUGCGCAGCUAAUUCUUGAGAAAAUAGUGACGCCGGAGGUGAGGGAAGUCGAGGAUUUGGAUUCCACUCUGCGAGGUGAAGCUGGCUUUGGAUCUACAGGUGUUUGAAAAAUGGCGGAUUUUUAGUUCUUUUCCCCAUUUUGUUGCAUCUCAAAACUAUAUCAGACUUUUUGUUGAACAUAUGUUAUUAGGAACGAGAACUUUGUUUUGUAUCCCGCUACUUCAAUCAACGAAUUAUCAAAAUUUCAGAUACAAGGGGGGGAAGGCCAUUAUAAUUGAAGUGAAGCAAUCAAAUGUUCGACAAUUUAUUUCA